AUGGCGGAAUUUGACUUAACUUCGCGUAUUGGCCAAUAUUUAGACCGACAUCUGGUUUUUCCUUUGUUGGAAUUUUUGUCGGUGAAAGCCAUUUAUGAGGAACAGGAAAUGCUGCAAGGAAAGCUUGACCUGCUCAGUGAAACAAAUAUGGUCGAUUUUGCCAUGGAUGUCUACAAAAAUCUUCAUCCGGAAAUAGAAGUGCCCCUACAGCUGAGAGAUAAAAGGCAAGAAGUUGUGUCAGAGUUGAAAAAGUUGCAAGGUGAAACAGAACCAAUUGUAAAGAUAUUUGAUGACCCCGAAGUGAACACUCAAGUGCAGAAUACAAGAGAUGGGAGACAGUUAUUUGAUUAUCUUGCAAAAAGUCAUGGUUUUGUACCAGAGAUGUUAGACACGUUGUAUAGAUAUGCCAAAUUUCAAUACGAGUGUGGGAAUUAUUCUGGGGCUGCUGAGUAUCUAUAUUUCCACAGAGUGUUGGUUCUUCCCAAUGAUAAGAAUGCAUUGAGUUCAUUAUGGGGCAAGUUGGCGUCGGAAAUACUGAUGCAAAAUUGGGAAGCAGCGUUAGAAGAUCUUAACAGAUUAAAAGACGUUAUUGAUUCCAAUGCAUUUGUCACUCCCUUACAGAGUUUACAGCAGCGUACAUGGCUAAUCCAUUGGAGUCUGUUUGUGUUUUUCAACCACCCUAAAGGAAGAGAUGCUAUCAUUGAUCUGUUUCUUUAUCAACCCCCAUAUCUUAAUGCUAUACAGACUUUAUGUCCACACAUACUGCGGUACUUGACCACAGCGGUGAUCACAAAUAAGAGACGACGAACCGUCUUAAAAGACCUUGUUAAAGUCAUACAGCAGGAAUCCUACACAUACAGAGAUCCCAUCACAGAAUUCCUAGAGUGUCUCUACGUCAAUUUUGACUUUGAUGGAGCCCAGCAGAAACUAAGAGAAUGCGAGACAGUUUUAGUGAAUGAUUUCUUCCUGGUUGCGUGUUUGGACGAUUUUAUUGAGAAUGCCAGGUUAUUUAUAUUUGAGACAUUUUGCCGAAUUCACCAGUGUAUUAGCAUAAAUAUGUUAGCUGAGAAAUUGAACAUGAGUCCCGACGAAGCUGAGAAAUGGAUUGUGAAUUUGAUUAGAAAUGCCAGGCUAGAUGCAAAGAUAGAUUCCAAACAGGGCCAUGUAGUGAUGGGUACGCAAGCGGUAUCGCCAUACCAACAAGUCAUCGAAAAAACAAAAGGAUUGUCCUUUAAAAGUAUAAAUAUGGCCAUGAAUAUUGAGAAGAGGGAAGCAGCAAAACAACAAACUGCAGCGGGGAUACCACAAUGGGGAACGCCAGAACUUGGCGCCGGAUACUAACAAGGAGCCAGCAUUUGGAAUUAUGUCAUUCAUUAUGUACUACACAAACUGGCCAUAAAAUCUGUGACUUUUGUCUCUAGAGGGCGCUCUGCCAUGAUAGUGAUGUCUCCACGAGUUUGAAGCUUGCAAACAAUCCUGAUUAUUGGACUUGCAUAUUAUACACAUCACUUAAAGGGACAUAUGCUGCAACUCAAUGAUUAUUUUGUUAAAGUGAUUUUUUUUUUUUCCAAAAACAUUUAGAUUUGUAACAUGUCUAAUCUGUGUGAAACGUGUGUGCUGACAUCUCUAACAUGUAAAUUAAUUUUAGGUACGUACCUAAAAGUAGAUAGAUUCUAUAUAACAACACAGAGUCACUAUGGAUCUUUGCACAGGGGGGUUGCCACCAUUUUGCUUGGUUGUAAAAAAAUGAAUUGUCAACCAUCUUGACAGACAAAAUAAUAAUGGGGGUCAUAGAAAACACCGACUUUGCCAAAUUUAACAUUGUGGCUUAUAAACAACACCGUAGUUAUGUAUGAAAACGUGAUACUAAAGUAUGUUUUUAUAUAAUUAUUUAUUGUACUCCACAGUUAUAAAAAAUAUAUCCAGAGUUGCAGCAUAUGACCCCCUCCCUCUGUGUUUGAAAGUUACAUCCUGUCCCAAUACAUCAUCACCUGUAAUAUUGGUACAAUGUAUCACAAGUUUAUCUUUUAUGGUGUUCUAUGAAGAUCCCAGAAUAAAAAAAUGACAUAAAGUAAUAUAA